AUAACCCAAUUGAUUCACAGGGUAUAAUAAAUCUUACUGGACAAAUUAACGAUUUCACUUGAUGUUUUGGCAUUUCUUAUUCUAAAAACUAUCUGAAAAUGAAAAAAAGUUUAAAAAAAAGAAACAGUUUAUUUCCCUAAAAAUUUUUUUUUCACAAGCCUUUCUUGUUUUGUGGAAUGCCUAAUCACCGUAAAAUAAAGAUUUUCAAACAUUUGGAAAAAAACAUACCAAACCAAGAGACGUGAACCAGUGAAAUGUCCAUCUUCCAUUCAAAUUGUAUACAUAUAUUAAUUAUUUCUGAUGAUUUUACUUGAUUUGAAGAUUUUCAAGCAAUGUUUCAGUGGAUGAUUAAUUUGUUAUUCAAUGAAAAAUUCGUACUGUUUGGCAUAUUUGUCUCAAUUUUAUUGACACCUGUAAUUGGAUUGGAGUGUGCAAAAAAGAAAAAGAAAGAAUCAAAGAAGAGGAAAAAGACGCAAAAAGAAGAAGAUUGUGAUUCGGAAUCUAUAAAACAAAAAAAGAAAAAAGCUCGAGUUAAGAAAAAGGAAGUUAGGAAAAGUAAAAAGGAUGUUGAAGACGAUGAGGAUGAUUCAAACUCAAAAUCUGCAAAAAAGAAAGCUGUUAAAGUCGCAAAGAAACCUGAAGAAAAACGUCUUGAAAAUAAACCAAUGAAUACAGGAAUGCCUCAGCAAAUGAACCCGGAGCCUCGAAUUUACUUGCCACCUCCUCAAUAUGCUCGUCCCAUACAUCCUGGGUAUCAAAUGCCACUGGAGCCAACAGAGGAUACAGACACAAUCAAACAAGUUGAACAAUUUCAUGAUGUUCCGAAUUUUUAAUAAAAUGUGGAUUUU